CGACACACCAACCAUUAUCAUCAGUGGAUUUUUCUAAUCGAACUAGUGCUACAGUUGAUAUCAAUGAUUGGGUUGAUCAACAGUCUAAUGGUUUAUUGGAGAAAUUCUUUACAAAUGAUAUUCCAGAUGAUACUGUGAUAAUACUGGUAAAUGUUUUCUACUUUAGAGAUUUUUGGCAAAGUCCAUUUGAGCCUCAUUACACUAAAAAGGAGGAUUUUCAUAUUUCAUCAGAUCGUCAAAUAACAGUUGAUAUGAUGACUCAAGAAGGAGUAAUGAAGUAUGGAAAAUUCGAAGAUGAAGGAUUUGAGAUCGUCAGUAAACCAUUAAAUAACACACGUUUCACAUUUGUUAUCGUGUUACCUCUUGAAAAGUGGUCGUUAAAUGGUGCCACAGAACUUUUGAAUGGCAAUAAAGUUUUAAGUGAAUACGUAAAGAAUUUGAAAGAAACUACAGUGUCAUUACGAUUACCGAAAUUCACAUUGAAAAAUACACUUGACCUUGUGCCAACAUUAAAGUCUAUCGGUGUUGUCGAUUUGUUUGAUCCAGUAAAAUCUGAUCUGUCAGGUAUCACACCUAAUCACAAUGUAUAUGUGAAUGAAUUUAUUCAAACAAAUGUAUUAAAAUUAAAUGAAAGUGGAAUUGAAGCAACCACUGUAACCUCACCUAUAUUUGUGCCUAUUUCAGCCAUUAUACCAGAAGUAGACUUUCAUGUAACUCAUCCAUUUAUAUGCUUUAUAUAUGAUCAACAAUUAACAAUGCCGAUAAUGGCAGCCAAAGUAAUGAAUCCAAUUUUACAAUCGUAG